UGUAAAGAUUAAAGAAGAAAGAUAUUUUUCACUUUUUAUAAUAAUGUUUUCUUAAUGGUAGGGUUUUUAAUUUCUGUCAAAUCUGUUUAACCUUUAAAUACAGGUACUAAUCUCAAGUCUCAUUCAUCCCUUUUUAGCCAAAACAUGGCAUAUCAGUUAAUGUUCAUCCUCUUAACAUUCUCUAUAUUUUACCCUGAAUUUGUCAAAAGUAUUAGUUCCCCACCAUGCAACUCUAAUGACCUAACAGCUUUGCAUAAGUUCAAGGCAGCUAUUAGCCUUGACACUUCUGGCAGGCUGCAAAAAUGGGUAGGCCGAAGGUGCUGCGAUUGGGAGGGGAUCGUAUGCAAGAACACAACAUACAGAGUGACAGAAAUCAAUCUGCCAGGGCUCAUCUCAACAGAAGAUUUCAUUGGUCAGACGAAGAUGGAAGGCGUUCUAUCACCCUCAAUCAUGCGCCUUACUUCUCUUGAAGUCCUUGACCUCGGAGGGCUUGUCAGUCUUUCAGGAAACAUCCCUAAAUCUGUCGGUUUUCACUUGGUGAAUCUCACAAAGCUGAAUCUCUUUGGCAAUAAUCUGAGUGGUCCUAUACCAGAAAGUAUCGGUAAGCUGAUAAAACUCGAAGAAAUUCAGCUUCAGGAGAACAGAUUUCUUGCAUCGAUACCCUCUAGUAUUGGUUCUCUAAGGAACCUGCAAAGAUUAUUCCUGUAUUCCAACAGACUUUCAGGGUUCAUGCCUGAUACUAUUUCAAACUUGGUGAAUCUGGUGACACUUGACCUCCAUGACAAUGCUCUAGAUGGUCUAAUCCCCGAGAAGAUUGGGGCCUUGAGCUCCUUGAAAGCACUCGAUCUCUCAAAUAAUCGUCUGACAGGAGCGAUUCCUGCUUCUGUAAAUAACUUAACUGCCAUUUCAACAGCUUAUUUUGACACCAACUUUCUCCAGGGACAAAUUCCAUUUCCUGUAAAUCCUGGUGAUAUGCCCUCCCUUGGUUUCCUGAGGCUGCAAAACAAUCAGCUAACAGGAAACAUACCCUCUACGUUUGGAUAUUUGUCAUCCCUUCGUAGAUUAUCACUUGCAAAUAACAAGCUUGAGGGUCCAUUACCAUCAAGUUUUGGCGAUUUAUCAAAACUGUCAGAGUUAUAUCUUGAUGGUAAUCGUUUAUCUGAAACUAUACCAGAAUCCAUAGGCAAGCUAUCAAAUCUUAUUCUCUUAAACCUAUCACAUAACUUUAUACAAGGUCCACUUCCUCAAGAGAUGUCAACCCUUAACAACCUACAGAUCCUUGAUCUUUCAUUCAACCUUCUAACCCUUCAAUCUAUUCCUAAGUGGCUAGCUGAGUUGCCGUCUCUUUCCCGGAUUUUGUUAGCAGGGUGCAGGAUCCAAGGUGAGUUUCCAGAAGUCCUACGAGCAACUCCAAGUGCGUUGCAGGAAUUGGACUUGUCAGACAACAGUCUGACAGGAAGCAUACCAGCUUGGGUUGGGAAACUAACUGAGCUCUAUUCGCUGAACCUAUCUAGGAACUCCCUCAUUUCAGAUAUUCCAGACACAAUCACGAAUCUGCAUGAUUUGGGUAUAAUCGACCUUCACUCAAACAAUCUCACAGGAUCAGUGGAGAAGGUUUUCGAAUUGGAGACCAGGUUUUCAGGCGGGUCUCUGACAUAUGUCGAUCUUUCUGACAACAGUUUCUCAAGCGGGCAUGAGGGUAUUGGUAUAGGAUCUCAAACUGGAAUUCAGCUCCUAAAUUUAUCCAACAAUUUACUUAAAAAUGGACUGCCAACUUCCAUAGGGAAGAUGGGAUCACUGAAGACCUUGGAUUUCAGCAGCAACCAAUUAACCUCAGCAUUGCCAGAAUCAUUAGGUGAUGCAAGUUUAUUGGAGAUAUUGAAGUUACAAAGAAACCAUUUUAAUGGCAAUAUACCAAAUGGGUAUUUGAAGCUGAAGAAACUAAGAGAAUUGGAUUUAUCAGAUAAUCUAUUGAAGGGACAAAUUCCUAUCGGUAAACCACUUAGCGGUUUUCCAUCGAGCUCUUACUCUGGAAACCGAGAUUUAUGUGGAAAACCUCUUCCUCCUUGUAAGAUUUGAAUUAGAAUUUUUUUGGUUCUUAGCAUGAUAGAAAGUUAGAACUAAACUAGAAUUCUUUUUUUAUGCAUUUUCAUUUUUUGUGCAAGUUAGCAUCACACAUUCAUUCUCUUUGGAAAUACAAUCAUGAUUCUAGCAGAAACUUAUUAAUGUCUUUAUCUUGGCAUGAUCCAAAAUAAUAAAAUGGAGUACAAUUCUGGAGUAUGGGCCAUACACCCAUCAUUUAAAUCAGGAGC